AUACAUAGGUUUUCUUGUGCCCUGUUUUAGCUUGUGUUGGGUUAAUCAGUUUUAUGUACUGCACUUGAAAUAUACUGCAGAUAGAGAACAUGCUUCAGGAACACUUUUUCCUGGCAAAAUCAAAGGGGGAUGAGGCUCUUGAGAGAAAGGAUUAUCUUUUGGCAAAAUUUUGGUACAUAGAGGCAAUGCUUGAUCAGCCCAGUGACUGUUUUCUAGCUUUAUUAUACUCAAAGAAAAGCUUGUGUUGGGUCCACUUGGGAGAAGGAUUCUUGGCAUUAAAAGAUGCUCAAUCUUGUGGCGAGCUAAUGCCUAACUGGCCAGAGGCACACUAUAGGGUGGGAAAGGCUUGGAUGUCAUUAGAAGAAUUUGACGAAGCUGAAAAAGCGUUUAGGGAGGCUCUGAACCUGGAUAAGGAUGACAAAGAACUUCAACGUGCGCAUUGGUAGUAGUUUGUUUCUAAACUUUCAGUUUUUUCAAUUUGUUUAGCAUAAAUGUUGGACAUGAUGUGUGUACUCUGUAUUGGUUCCAAAUAUUAUAGCUCAGUACAGAAGAUAUAAUUCAUGUUAAAACCACAGUAAAAAACAUAACUUGAAACUUGCUUUGUAAGGUUUGCAGGUUCACUUAGAUAUCUGCUUCAAUGUUGAGAUACUUGGUUGUGGAUAUAAUUCUGUUCUGUAAGCCUGCUCUCAUUUUGCAUUCAAGAGCUUUCGAGGUCUAUGUUUAGUGC